GUUGCUAGGCUACAUUAAUUCGCCAAGCUAGUUCAUUCUAUUGGCUAUUUGAUCUUUGCAUAAACUCCUCCCAAUGCGCAUGUGCAAAAGCCACAUAAAACGAGAGACAUCCGCUAUCAUACAGCAGAGAGCGGUACUUUUCAGGUGAACAUAGCACCAACACGGUAACAGAACAUUAGAUCAUGCGAUUCCAACUUGCCAGUGGUGUUGGCGUCUGUCUGGUUUUAGCCUGCGUGGUAUUGGUACAGUCGAGAUAUCAUGAGGACCCGGCAGAGACCGAUGUAGCCAAACGUGACGACACGGCGUCCUCACCCCCGGCAGCUAAACGUGACGACACGGCGUCCUCCCCUCCGGCUGCAGCUAAACGUGACGACACGGCGUCCUCCCCUCCGGCAGCCAAACGUGACGACACGGCGUCCUCACCCCCGGCAGCUAAACGUGACGACACGGCGUCCUCCCCUCCGGCUGCAGCUAAACGUGACGACACGGCGUCCUCCCCUCCGGCAGCUAAACGUGACGACACGGCGUCCUCACCCCCGGCAGCCAAACGUGACGACACGGCGUCCCCUCCCCCGGCAGCUAAACGUGACGACACGGCGUCCUCCCCUCCGGCAGCCAAACGUGACGACACGGCGUCCUCUCCCCCGGCAGCCAAACGUGACGACACGGCGUCCUCCCCUCCGGCUGCAGCUAAACGUGACGACACGGCGUCCUCCCCUCCGGCAGCCAAACGUGACGACACGGCGUCCUCACCCCCGGCAGCCAAACGUGACGACACGGCGUCCUCCCCUCCGGCAGCCAAACGUGAUGACGCGGCGUCCUCCCCUCCGGCAGCCAAACGGGAUGACGACGGGAUUAAGCUCAGUCAGCUUAUCAAAAGGAGUUAUUCUGACGAGGCUUCAGAUACAGAUGCCGAUGAAGCUUCCGAAACAGAUGCAGAGGAUCCCGCAGACACCAAUCCCGAGGAACCCGAAGACGCUAAUCCCGAGGAACCCGAAGACGCCAAUCCCGAGGAUCCCGAAGACGCUAAUCCCGAGGAACCCACAGACACCAAUCCCGAUGAACAAACACAAGUUGACCCGGAUGAACCUAAUAAUGUUGACCAGGAUCAAGAUCAGCCUGCUCCCCCAUCAAAACAUUCAAAGGGUGAAAAGCCUUCUAAAGACAAGAAGGAAGGCCUGAUGGAUAAGGUGCUGCAAAUAGUGAAAGCAGGCAUAGAAAGCGGCAUGAAGGAGCUAGGAAAAUCCUAUGAAAAUGUGAAGAAGCUGGUUACUGAAACGAUGAAAGGGAUCACAGAGCAACUAGUUGGUGGGAAGAAAAAAUGAUUCAACUACUUCUGUUGGACCUGAUGUAGUUAUUUAUGUUUGAAAAAUUAAAUUGAAAGAAAUUAAAUUCUUAUAUCUGA